AUGGGCAACGUCAAGGUGGAAGGCAGCAAGGCGCCAAGUAGGAGGAACCGGACAGCAAUGUCUUGCGACAAGUGCAAAUCCCGGAAAACGAAGUGCAAUAAUCCAGUGCCUGGACCUUGCGACUACUGCCGAAGUGUUGGCGCCACCUGCAAUAUCGAUGCCGGGAAACGGAAACAACGGCCAUACUACUUCGUGUCGGAGGAGCAGUAUCAACAUAUGGCCAAGCUCGUCAAACAUCACUAUGGUCCCAACGUCGAUCUAGAAACACUCCGGUCGCUUACAGCGAAUCUCAAUGACGGCAACGACAGUAGCCCAACAGAUCCUUCAACCUCAAGUCCUAACAAUGCCUCGCCAAAGAAAGGGACCUCAUCACACGUGGAAAGUGCGCCAGGAUCUGUCCCGAAGACAGAAUCUCCGGAUGGUGUGCCAUUGGAGGAUAUCGACAGUCUCCAUGAGCAGCUCGGCUGUAUGAUGCAGGAUUCGACUGGUGAAUACCGAUACAUGUCAGCUGUGACGGGCUUCUCUUUCAAUGCUGCAGUUCGCGAUCUACAUCCGUCAACCAAGAUCGCGAGAGGACCAGAUCGAGACGUCAUACCGCCAAUGAAAACGAUGGUCUUGCCACCAGCAACCCCUCAAAGUCCUGCGGCAGCGAGCUCACAGAUACAUAUACGCAUGCCUCCGAAAGCGCUUGCGUACCAUUACGUGAAUCGGUACUUCAGCCAAGUCCACUGUCUGUACUGGCUGUAUUCAACAGAGCAGUUUCACACGCGCUUCGAGAAUUCAUACACCGCCUCAAAUCAGACAGCAUCGUGGGCUUGUUCGCUGUACUCAAUCUUUGCAUUAGCGUCGCAGCGGGCGCCCGAGAGCAACAGCGAGCCAGACGAGAGGACUGCUUCGGACUACCUGGCCCUUGCCAAAGCAACAGUGCCGCAAGUAUGCGACGAAGCGGAUCUCGACAGCAUUCGUGCUCUGAUGUUGCUGGCUACCGCAUUGCAGUCACAUUGCUAUUCCACAUCAGCAUACUUACAUGUCGGCAUUGCAGUCCGCAUUGCGCAGUCUCUGGGCUUACAUAUGGACAAGUACUCACUCACACAUGGCUUUGUGGAGCGAGAGCACUCCCGAAGAAUAUGGUGGACUCUGUACAUUUACGAUGCAGAGACAAGCCUGCGAUGCGGAAAGCCGCGAGCAAUUGUUGUUGAGCCAAAUACGAGACAAGCGCCACUGCCGUCGGAGCAAGUUCUGAAUCCUGGUCCGAACAUGCCUUCGGGGUACCUGGAGGUGUCGAAGUCACUCACCGAGAUGACCGAGGUGACAACGCAGACCCUAUACGUCGAGCCCUUGUCACCGGCCAGGAGAUUGCUCUCGCCGAAAGUCACCUCAAUACUUUCUUCGCUGCAGACGUGGGCGAACGAAGUCCCUGCACAUCUGAGCCGGACCGCCUUAGUGGCUCCCUCGCACAAGCGGUCAGUGGCACUAUUGCACGUGCGGUACUGGAGUGUGGUCAUUCUAGCCACUCGACCAUUCCUGCUCUGUAGUGUGCUCAGAGCAGCAGACCUUGACAGUCCGGAGAAGCGCCGGUGCUACGACGAGCUCAGCAAUAUCUGUAUCGAUGCGGCCCAGAACUCCCUCAGCGUGCUGAAGAUGAUGUCCGAUGAGCACAUCCUGUCGAGUCUCUUGUUCUCCGAGUUCGUGUAUGUGUUGGAGCUGGUUCAGUGCUUCCUCAUCGCCUAUUCCAAAACGAAGCAAGACGAACACAUCCGCAGCGUGCGGACCUGCAUGACAAUUCUCAAGGCAAUGGAGGAAGUGGGAUGGGUGCAGAAGGCGCGGCCGGAAGUUAUGCUGCAACUGCAAGAGCUGGGAAUAGGGGAGGAAGGAUCAGAGUCGCAUGCUGCGGAGCACUUGCAGGACUUCAGCAACUUUCUGAUUGGAGAAGAUUCUUCGGAUCCGUACGAUAUGUUCUUUCCGAAUGAGCAGGCUGGGUCGUACCAUUUUGCGGACAUGGAGCUGCCUGAUCAUGCGACUGCGGAUGAGAUGUUUGCGCAGAUAUCGAGCUUGUCGAUGCCGCAGUUCUUGACACCUUGA